AUUUUCAUGAACGCUGCGCAAGCCACGUGACUUUCUGGUCAAAACAUUGGUUACACGUUUCAUAUCCGUGUAGUCAGAGAAGAUGGCGGAAGUUGACGAGUCAAGUAAACCUAUGUUUGCAGGCCUGUCAGAUGUGUCAAUUUCAACAGACAUCCCUGUUGAGGGAGAGAUCAAUGUCCCUGUUGGGACCUCCAGUCAGGAUGAUGAAUACUCCACACUGGAUGAACCUGUCAAAGACACCAUAUUGCGAGAUCUGACGGCAGUGGGUAAAAAGUUUGUUCAUGUGAUGUAUCCUAAGAAGAGUUCAGCAUUACUGAGAGACUGGGACUUAUGGGGCCCGUUAUUGCUCUGUGUGACACUUGCUCUGAUGCUUCAGGGGGGUUCAGUUGACAGUAAGGAAGAUGAGGGGCCCCAGUUUGCAGAGGUGUUUGUGAUUAUCUGGUUUGGAUCUGUCAUCAUAACCCUGAACUCAAAGCUACUGGGAGGCACAAUAUCUUUUUUCCAGAGCCUAUGUGUGUUAGGCUACUGCAUCAUGCCCCUGACCGUGGCAAUGAUUGUCUGUAGGCUGGUGUUGCUGGGUGGAUCUGGAAAAGUCAGCUUCAUCAUCCGACUUCUUGUUGUCACAGCGUCAUUCAGCUGGUCAACGUUUGCCUCUACAGCAUUCUUAGCAGAUAGCCAGCCUACCAAUCGCAAGGCUUUGGUGGUGUAUCCCGUCUUCCUUUUUUACUUUGUUAUUGGAUGGAUGAUUCUAACGUUCUCACAGUCCACAUAACUCUGGAAUUAACUCUAAACUGAACUUAACACAAUUAUUUGCAAUCGAAGGAUAUUAAUCCACAUCUUGUCGUUUGUGAAAACUGGCAAUUGUGGAGUUUUGGGAGUAUUGUAAAUGUAAAAAGUGAAUGUUUCUUUGGUGGAAAAUGGGAAAUGUUGAUAUUGAACAUAGUGCACAGUGCUUUGUUUCUUAUUUUGUCUCCAUUAUUACUAGACUUUGCUAUGAAAUGCAGGGAAGUACAAUGCACACACCAGAGUCAAAAUCAAUCCCUGUAAUUGUGUCAGGAAAGCAUAUCUGCUUGAUUUAACAAGCCUUCUAUGUUUCACAUCACUUCUCUAAUUAGUUUCCUGACUUGUACAAUAUCUCACUACAAUAAUAUACAUACAUGUUCAAUAUACAUAUGUGAUGGUGAUAAUUCGUAAUAUGUACAUUAGCAGUAAUAAAGGAAACCUUGAACUUUAUUAUUUUUGAGACUAUCUCUUGCCAUUUAACUAUUCCAAUGACUAAUGUGAUGCCCAUCUGUAUGUAUAGGCAACUGCAGCUUGCUGGAUAUUGGCUAUCAUUUUAUUUUCAACAUGGCUUGAAAUAAGUUAUUUGCUUUAUUCUGGAUUAUUUUUCAAGUUGUUUGAUCAUGUUAAUAAAUUAGGAUUUGAUUA